AGGACCCACCUUACGUUCCCCAGGGGUGCAGUAGAUGCUCCAGCUACCAUGUCCACGCAGCGGCUUCGGAACGAGGACUAUCAUGACUACAGCUCCACUGAUGUGAGCCCAGAGGAGAGCCCAUCUGAAGGCCUGAGCAACUUUUCCCCAGGCUCCUACCAGCGAUUUGGGGACAGCAACGGCACAACAUGGUUCCAGACCUUGAUCCACCUGUUGAAAGGCAAUAUUGGCACAGGACUUCUGGGGCUCCCUCUGGCGGUGAAAAAUGCAGGCAUCUUGAUGGGUCCUCUCAGCUUGUUGGUGAUGGGCAUCGUGGCUGUGCACUGCAUGGGGAUCCUGGUGAAAUGUGCUCACCAUUUCUGCCACAGACUGAACAAACCCUUUGUGGACUAUGGGGAUACAGUGAUGUAUGGGCUAGAAUCUAGCCCCAGCUCCUGGCUCCGGAACCACGCCCACUGGGGAAGGCACAUGGUGGACUUCUUCUUGAUUGUCACGCAGCUGGGAUUCUGCUGUGUAUAUUUUGUCUUCUUGGCUGACAACUUUAAACAGGUGAUAGAAGCAGCCAAUGCGACCACCAACAACUGCCACAACAAUGAAACCGUGAUUCUAACCCCCACCAUGGACUCCCGGUUGUAUAUGCUCACCUUGCUGCCCUUCCUGGUGUUGCUGGUUUUUGUCAGGAACCUUCGAGCCUUGUCCAUCUUCUCCUUAUUGGCCAACGUCACCAUGCUGGUCAGUUUGGUCAUGAUCUACCAGUUCAUUGUUCAGAGGAUCCCAAACCCCAGUCGCCUCCCCUUGGUGGCCCCCUGGAAUACUUACCCUCUGUUCUUCGGCACGGCCAUUUUUGCAUUUGAAGGCAUCGGGAUGGUUCUGCCCCUGGAAAACAAGAUGAAGGAUCCCCGAAAGUUCCCUCACAUCCUGUAUGGGGGGAUGGCCAUCAUCACUGCCCUGUACAUCAGCCUGGGAUGUCUGGGGUACCUGCAGUUUGGAGCUCACAUCCAAGGCAGCAUAACCCUCAACCUGCCCAACUGUUGGUUGUACCAAUCGGUGAAGUUGCUGUACUCCAUUGGCAUCUUCUUUACCUACGCCCUCCAGUUCUACGUACCUGCAGAGAUCAUCAUCCCCUUCUUUGUGUCUCGAGUUCCAGAACACUGUGGGUUAGUGGUAGAUCUGUUCGUCCGCACGGUCCUGGUCUGCCUGACAUGCGUCUUGGCCAUCCUCAUCCCCCGCCUGGACCUGGUCAUCUCCCUGGUGGGCUCCGUGAGCAGCAGCGCCCUGGCCCUCAUCAUCCCGCCCCUCCUGGAGAUCACCACCUACUACUCAGAGGGCAUGAGCCCCCUAACCAUCGUCAAGGAUGCCCUCAUUAGCAUCCUGGGCUUCAUGGGCUUUGUGGUGGGGACCUACCAGGCCAUCCACGAGCUGAUCCAGCCAAACGAUUCCAUUGUCAUCAACUCCACCAGUGCCUUUAUAUAGGAUCUUGGUACAGCGUCUGCACUGGCCACCCCCACCUUUGUGUGUCCCCCCAGUGCCUGUCCUCAGAGCCUCAGGUAAACGCCAGGCUCUGGGGAAAGGCAGGGUUACUGUCUGGGAACCCUCAACCUGGUACCUGGUAUGCUGGGCCA